AUUUCAUACUAUAAUCAUUAUUGGAUAUUUUAUUUUCAGCCGUGCUCCCACAUUUUAUGUCUGUAGCUAUAAAUUCUGCUACUUGAGACUUUCAUUUUCUCAAGGCAUCUCCUAAUACUAGCAUUCCCGAGAAAAAAAGAGAAAGAAAGGGAAAAGGAAAGAAAGAAAGAGAGAGAAGAGGGGAUGGAGAUUAGUGAACAAGGUUUCUUAGAGGAAUUAUUAGCUCUAAGAAGAGACAGUUGGGACACAAUUCCAACAGAAAUGAAUGAGAUUUUCUCUAGUGGCUGGAACUUUGAUUGCUUUGAUGAGAACCCUUCAGCUAGCUUUCUUCCAAAUUCUUUCUGCCAAGAAUUUUCAGUGCCUUUGGAGCAAGAUUUCAAUUACAACUUCAAUGAAGUCUACUGUCCAUUUGGUGAUGAAUUCUCUGCGCCACAAGUAACAGAUUCAUCAAAUAACACAUUUGAUACCCCACCAUUUCCAGUUCAAGAAGAUUACUCGUUGAAUAAGCUGGAGGAAGAAGAAUCAGGUUUCCUUGUAGAUGAACUUCACAAGUUGGAUGUUCAAGCUACUUGCAAAGUUGAGCCUAUUCUAUCACCUGAAGCACCAGUUUUCAACAUUGGAGGCUGUAUGGACCGCAAGAAUCGAGCUAAGAAGCUGGAGGGGCAACCUUCAAAGAAUCUAAUGGCAGAGAGAAGGAGAAGAAAACGGCUAAAUGACCGCCUUUCAAUGUUAAGAUCAAUUGUGCCUAAGAUAAGCAAGAUGGACAGGACAUCCAUACUUGGAGAUACUAUAGAUUAUACCAAAGAGCUCCUGGAGAGGAUCAAAAGUUUGCAGCAAGAAAACGAAGGAGGUUCAAAUGAGUUAAACAUGGCCCACAUUUUCAAGGAUGUAAAACCAAAUCAAAUCUUAGUGAGAAAUACACCAAAGUUUGAGGUGGAAAGAAGAAAUGUGGAUACAAGGAUUGAGGUUUGUUGCACAGGGAAACCAGGAUUGUUGUUAUCAACCGUAACAACCUUGGAAGCAUUAGGCCUUGAGAUUGAACAAUGUGUUAUUAGCUGUUUCAAUGAUUUUGCAAUGCAAGCAUCUUGCUCAGAGGACUUGGAACAGAGAACAUUAUUAAGUUCUGAAGACAUAAAGCAGGCAUUAUUUAGAAAUGCUGGCUAUGGAGGAAGAUGUCUGUAGGAACAAAAUUAAAGGACUACAAAAGAAGCAACUUCUGGUGAAAUUUUUAUAUGUUUCCAAUGUUGAGCUUUUGAAGCGAAGGAUUUUCAGCAAUUUUUGCCUUCUUGAAUAAGUGAAAUUCUAGUCAUCAGAGCUUUGUAAUAACUGCUUCAA